AUGUAUAUAGUGAGGGCAAUUAUGUUUAUGUCGCUAAGUUAGAGAACAAAUACUGCCCAGUAUCUAUCUUACGUAGGUAUAUUGAAGCACCCAAUUUGGAUCUACAGUGGAUCUGUCUAGUCAUUUGCCUUUAUUCAGGCCAUUAACGAAGAUUAAGUCGGGUUAUACUCUUAGGAAUGGCAAGUUAUCCUAUGCUCGCUGCAGGGAAAUAUUUAAGACUACUUUGAAAGACUUGGGCCAUGACCCCAAGGAAUAUGGCCCACAUAGUCUGCGUUCAGGGGGUGCUAUAGCUGUUAUCAGUGAUGACGCUUUCAAAGCCGUUUCUGAGAGGUUGUUUAAACUUCAUGGGCGCUGGAAAACAGACGAAACGAAAGACAUGUACGUUUUAGAG